CUAAACACGACUCACCUACGAGUAUUGAGUAUUGUUUCCAAGGCUCUGAAGAUUGAUGCAAUUGUCUAGAUCAACAACUCGCCUCAAACGCAGGUUCAGCCUGUUGAACGGCCUCCGGGCGAAAGUACUUCAAACGCCAUUGUUUCGUGCCACGGGCAAAAUCCCUCCGCCACCUCCAAAAACACAGGCCGACACCAUGUCGGGGCCUUUGAAUGUGUUUAAACAACCUCUUGCAUUCUUCUCCAACCGUCCUGUCACAGGUUUUCAUAGAGAUGGCUAUUGUAAAACAGGAGCUGCGGACUUCGGAAACCACGCAGUGGCUGGUGUCGUUACCGACGAAUUCUUGGAUUUCUCGGCAUCGCAGGGUAACGAUCUUCGGAGCGCAGGAUUGACGGGAGGAUGCAAAUGGUGCCUGUGCACAUCGAGAUGGUUGGAGGCAUUUCAGGCGUAUAAAGACGGGAGGAUCAGUAAGAACGGCGUCCCGAGGGUGCAUUUGGAGGCCACGGAAGACAGUGCUUUGAGCAAGGUGGAUUUGGACACGUUCCGAGAAUUCUCGGCCAGGCCAGAGGUCGGUGCAAAUGGUGUCAACGGCCACUAGCCUUUUGCUGGUGACAACAAUGAAUGAUAACUAAAUCCACGUUCC